AUGCCUUAUCACCAUGAACUGUCAUACGAAAGCGGUCCUGAUAUUAUGUGGUUUCAUGGAGCUGAACCUGUUCUACGUGAUCUAAACUUAACAGAGGAUGAAGCUUUGAAAUUGUUGAGUACAGUACAUGAAGAUGAAUGUAAGUAUAGUUUUUAUCAAAUCUUAUCAGUAAAAAAGAGAGAUACAAGGUAAAUAUUAACCAGUACGAAAUCAGUACUAGCCAUUUAUUGUUAAACGAUCAUAUAUAUCGUAUAUUAUUUUAGUCAGUUCAAACUUCCACAUGUACUUUGAGUUAUCGAUAGCAACAUUCGCCGUGAUUGCCAACACUUUUUUAUUAUUUAUAAUGAAUAAGCAUAAACAACAGUACAAAUCAUUGCUUUUUAUUCUACGACUAGCCAUGUGUGUAGACUGUUACAUGGCUCUGGUGACUAUAAACUGCCAACCAGUGGUGCAUGUUACAUAUGGGUACUUUUCUUGCUAUUGUGCUAAUAAGUUCUUGCCAAACAAUAUUUAUUUAAAGAGUUUUCUGAUGACACUACAGGGAUCGGCCAUUAUGUCUACGGUCAUUUGGCUGCCCAUUCAGUUUGCUUAUCGUUAUCAUUUUAUUGCACAGUAAGUUUAGAGGUUUGGCGAUAAUUUUAAUUUAUCUUUUUAUAAUAUUUUGUAAAAUAAUUUUAAAAAAUUAAACGUUUUAUUUUUAGUGGCCGAUCACCCUCAAUACAUAG